AUGGGCCCCAAAGACGUGGCGCUCGCGCUCAACAGCAGCACGAGGUGUAUGUACAGCAGCGCGCGCAGCAAAUUUGCUGCUGCUCUUGCUGCUCAAAUCCCCCGAGUUGCCGCAGCAAUGCGGCCGCAGCAGCUGGCGCUUGCUGCGCAUGCACUUGCUGCUGCUGCAGCAAGACACACACAAGCUCUAGCAGCAAUUGAAGCAGCAGCACUGCAGCAAACUGACCACUGGACCCCACAAGAUGCUGCGCUGCUCGUCAGCUCCUUCGCCAAGCUCCAGGUGUACAGACACGCCCUCUUUGCUGCAGCAGCAAAACACGGGGAGCAGCAAACGGCUUCGUACGGGCCGCAGGAUCUGGCGCUGCUGUGCAGCGGCCUGGGGGCGUUUGGGGGCCCACUGCUGCAGCAGCAGCAGCUGCUGCUGCUGCAGCAGCGGGCGCAGCAGCUGCUGCGGCGCUUCAAAGGCCCCGAACUCGCCCUCACUUCUUCCGCCCUGGCCAAGCUGGGGUGUACAGACACCUCGUGGCUGCAUGCGCUUGCCGACGAGGCCCUCUACAGGCUUGCGGUGUACAGACACCCCAGCUCUCCACUUUCUUUUUCUCUUUUCGAUCUGCAGCAACUCACAACAGCAUUUAUUAAAAUGCAUUUCAAAGACCCUAGGCUCUUUGCUGUCAUAGCCCAAGCAGCCAAACACCGCCUCCGCGCCCUUGCUGCAGGAGACCCCCAAGGGGGCCCCCCGGGGGGCCCCCAGGGGGGCCCCGACGGGGGGCCCCCCGGGGGGCCCCCCGGGAGCCCCCAGGGAAGGGGCCCCCACCGGGGUGUCCCCAAUGCGCAGACAAUUGCGUGUUUGCUGCAUGCGUUUGGGCGGGCUGGGGUGCGAGACAAAGAGCUGCUGAGUCUGCUGGAGAGGCAAGUGCUGCUGCUGCAGCAGCAGUUUUCUUCUGCGGGCCUGGGAAUGGUUGCUGCUGCUGCUGCAGCACUGGGCAUCCGCAACCAGCGGGUGUGGGGGGCCCUGCAGCAGCAGGGGGCCCUCAGGGGCCCCCAGAUGCCCCUGGACCUGGUGGUUUUGCUGCUGACAGCAGUCUCCAGGGGGCCCCCCAAAGCUGUUUCAAAUUCUUUUCUUCGUGCUGCUGCAGCAAGGUUGCGGCUGCACAUUCUGUCGCUGCCUGCUGCAGCACUUGCUGCUGCAGUUGUGGCUUUUGAGCGCGUGGGCUGGAGAGACACUGCCUUCCUAGCCCGCGCUGCGCGGCUGCUGCAGCAGCACCUGCAGCAGCAGCAGCAGCGCCCGCAGCAGCAGCAGAAGCAGCAGCAGCAGCUGAGCACUAGGGCCCUCUGUGGCGCCUUCUCGGCCUUCGCCAAACUCGCCUACAGAGACCCUCGGGUGUACGUACACCUCGGCAAAGAGAUCUACCAAAGGCUUCAUCAGCUCACUCAAGAAGACGCAGCAACA